CUCAACCAUGAACAACCCUAUUCCAAAACCUUGUUUCAUCAUCUUCCUCUCUUUCCUCACUCUCCUCUCCCUCUCUCCAACAACCCACUCCAAAACCAUCAAACCAAACGCCCCAUGCAAUAGAAUCGUGCUUUACUACCACGACAUCCUCUUCAACGGCACCGACGCCGCCAAUGCCACCUCCGUCAUGGUCACCAACCGCUCAUCCAUCAGCAACUUCAACUUCGGCAUGAUGGUGGUCUUCGACGACCCCAUGACGGCCGACGGCCGCCUCCUCUCGCCCGCGGUGGCGCGUGCCCAAGGCUUCUAUUUCUACGACAAGAAGGACAUCUUUAGUGCAUGGUUUGCUUACACCCUUGUCUUCAACUCCACCGACUAUAGAGGCACUCUCAACGUCAUCGGCUCCGACCCGUUUCUCGAGAAGACGAGGGACUUGUCGGUCGUUGGCGGCACCGGAGAUUUCUUCAUGGCGCGUGGGAUUGUUACGUUUGAGACCGAUGAAAUUCAAGGGGAUUUUUAUUUUAGGUUAAAGAUGGAUAUUAAGUUGUAUGAGUGUUACAAGAAAUAGCUUUUGAGUUUGGCUUUGUCUAGUUUUUCAU